AUGUGUCCCGGCCCAAUGAGCACCUUGCAGCGACGGUCGGCGACAAUUGCACCACGUCCGGCCCAUGGCGCGUCCGAUGAUCUCACUGCUGAUUCCAACCUCCGUCCCUCUCUCACCAACAGCGUUAUCACGAACACCGCUGACCACAUGCCUGGCCGCACAAUCACAUCACCUGGUCGUCCUGUGGUGUCUGUUCCCUCUCUGACCGACUUCUCUGUAGACAUUGAUGACAAGAUCGAGGCCGAGCUGGUAGACCAGUACUUCCGCUAUCUCCACGCCCUGCCUGCGUACGGUUUUUUGCAUCAGUCUACUGUCGUGCAGCGAUGUCUUGAACGUUCCAUCAACCCGGCCCUCAAGGCCGCACUUUGUGCUAUUACGGCGCUGUUCAUGGGGCGAUGUGCCGACGAGCGCGAUAAAUGGGCCCAGGCCAGCGAAACACUUGUAUUUCAGGGCCUCAGCCAUCCGUCCAUUUUCCACCUGCAGGCGCUUCUCUUGGUCAUCCGCUACCGUGCCGACUCUGGGGGUUUUAGUCGGGCAUUUAUGUUGGCCGGCCUAGCAGCCAGGCUCGCUGCUGCCCUGCGUCUGAAUUACGAGCACCACGAGCUGAGUCCCGUGGCCCAGGAGGUCCGCCGCCGAACAUUCUGGUCUUUGUACUUUCUGGAGGAAGUCUUCUGCUCGGGCCUACGGGAAUUUGAACUGUGUCACCCGGACAUCAUCUACCUGCGGCUGCCUAGGGAAGAUACCAACUUUGCCAACGAGGCCAGUCCAGAUAUGAAUACGGCUUAUUUAAUCCGGGGAUUGGGAGUCGAGCCGACCUCCAUUGGACAACGAGGACUUUUUGUCAAGGUGGCGCUGUUACGGCGGAACAUCAUGAAGUAG